AUGAGUACGCCAGGUCCUCUAUUUAUCGCCCAGGAAGCCCUCUGUUUCUAUCCCAUUAGCACCAUUUAUGGGUCUUGUCCGCGUUAUCUCUUCUACGCUCUUCUUCUAGCCAGCUGUGUGACACGAUGGACAGGAUGGCUGGCCGACGUCUUCCUAGGUGCUGCAGCAACAUACGCAGGAGUCGCCGCCAUCCAGGCGUUCAUUCUUGUUUCCAGUCCCUCGUCGCCUGUAGUCCCUGGGCCGGUAACCAUCUCAUAUCUCCCCCGGAAUACCAGCCUCUGGGGUAGUUUCCCUCAGCUCAUCACCGAGAGAGACAAUGUGAUAGUCCAGCCAGCCGCUGUGGAGUUGGAUGCAGACGCAGUCAAUGCUAUUGUAAUCACAGGCUAUCUUGUGUUUCUGCCCUUGCAAUGCUGGUCCCGCGUCCUCUCGCAAGAGCGCGUCCGGGUUAUCCUCUUCUACCUCUGGAAUAUCCUGAUGUUCGCAGGUUCUAUUUGCGCGCUGAUUUACUCAAACACUGCAAAAAACACACCGACCCAAUACAUGUUUUGCUAUCCUGACCUGCCUCCGCUCGACGAAACAUCCAGCGAUGGGUGGCAAGCCUCGUGGCGGACAUCCACUUGGAACAAUAGUGUCUGGAGCAUAUUCUCCAAUAUCACACUCUGGAACCAACUCGGUGACAUCUGCUUCAACCCUUGCUUCAACACCAGUCAGAUUCUUCGCCAGCGGACGUCUUUAGACGUGUGGGUUGCGACCAGUCGCUCGGAACUGGACCAUCCGCACUCAUUCUGGAACAAGUUUAUAUAUUCGCGGCGUUACAUAUACAGCCUUCUUGGCGUCACUGUCAUCCUGAACAUCAUCCUGCUUGUGUCAAGAUUCUUCCCCUACAGUUCUCGCAUCCCGUCCGUUCAGAUGAUGGUUGUUUGGCGAGAACGCAAGGCCAUAUGGACCAGCUUUCGGGAGGGAUUCUGUCUAUUGAAGGCAAUUGCAUGCCAGGACGAUUUUCCAUCACGCAAGAGCUCUACUUGGCGCCGGGUCCGAUCCAUCCUAAACAGGCAAUUUGCGAAAGAAUGCCUCCGUUUAUUGGCAGACUCACUAAUUCUCGUCGGACUGUUACUGAGCAUCAUCAUCAGCCCGUUGACACUGAUCGCAUUUGUAGUCUGGAUUGAAUGGUACAUUCACAACGACGGACCGUCCCAAGAGAAUCCUCAGCAGGUUGGACAAUGGUCGUACCUGGUUUCCAUUGGGCUGUUGCUCAUUUCGGCGUUGAUCCUGAGAUGGAAGUAUCGUGUUGCCUCGACUCAAGAAUUGGAUGAUGAGAUAUACGCACUCAGAGAGCGCUUGGCGGAUGUGGAGAGCAGAAGGUUGUUGCGUGCAGAGGCCAGUCAUCGAGCUUAA